CGCUCAAAGGCAGUCUGCCUUCAGCAGGCCGAAGCAAAGGGGGCAGUCCUCAAAUAGCCAUUUCUUUCCUCCUCCUCUUGUCUCUCUCGAAAAAAGCGCCCACUCCUUUUCUGCUUAUAUGGUGAGGCAGGCAGGCAGGCAGGCACAAGACUUGGGCAAAGGACGCCGCCAAGCUUCUGCUGCCGCCGCCGCCGCUGCUGCCGCUAAUACUGAUCAGCAUUCGGGGGGCGAGAGGAGCGAAGUGCGAGAGAGCGAUUGGGACGUGCCAGCCGGCUGUGGCAGCGCAACAUGAGGCGACGAGCGAGCGAGCAGCCGAGCCGAGUGGCGGCGGGGAGCGCCUCUGGUUGCCUUGGGAUUUUGCCACACUGAAAGGCUGGGGAGGAGGAAAUUUUUAAAAAGGAACCUUUAAUCCGGAUCUGUUGCUACGGAGCGGCCCCUGAAACUGACUCUCCUCGGGAUCGUUGGGAGCAAAGGCUCUGCCUAAAUGCCUCGUUUGCGGCUUCCCCGAGAAGGCGUGCAACAAAUGGCAGCCGGGUCUGUGAUCCGGGCUGCAGUAGCGGCGGCAGCAGCGACUCCCAGGUGAGGCGCAAAGGCUCCGUUCCGCAAGCUGCAGCUCUCCAUGCCUGCCUGCGCCUCGUCUGCCUCUCCUCCUGAGUCACCCCGCUGCACUUGACCUCUCACCCAUAAGAUAUGAGAUGGCACCAUGUGAUUCAUUCAGCAAGAUCUCUUUCUACCUCUUUGGCAGAAAAAAGGAACAUCCUAUGAGGAUAUCAUCAGAUAGGAGGCUACCUGACAACCUCCAACGCUUCUCACCAAAACGUCAAAGCUACGAUAAGUUGGCAGGAAUGUUCUUUUAAAAAGAAAACUGACCAUGAGGAAUUCUACGCAUUAACAUACCCUUGAAUGACAUCACUGAAGAGAAUGAGAUUGCAGUGUUUUGCCCGAGAUCCUUUGCCACCACUGUUGGGUAAAUGAGAAGUGGUUGUGUGAUUAUGCUGACAUCCCAGCAUGCAUUUGGUAGACCUGUGGUUAACUCGCUCCCUCUCCAUGUGUCUGCUCUUACAAAGCUUUGUCCUCAUGAUACUGUGCUUUCAUUCUGCCAGUAUGUGCCCCAAAGGUUGCCUUUGUUCCCAUUCUGGAGGUUUAAAUGUCAGUUGCAGCAAUGCAAACCUCAAGGAAAUACCCAGAGAUCUUCCUCCUGAAACUGUCUUACUUUACUUAGACUCCAAUCAGAUAACCUCCAUCCCAAAUGAAAUUUUCAAGGAUUUGCACCAAUUGAAAGUCCUCAACUUAUCAAAAAACAUCAUUGAAUUUAUAGAUGAACACUCCUUCAAAGGGGUGGCAGAAACCUUGCAGAUGCUGGACUUAUCAGACAACCGGAUUAAAAGUGUACACAAAAAUGCUUUUAACAACUUAAAGGCCAGGGCUAGAAUUGCAAACAAUCCCUGGCACUGUGACUGCACUCUGCAGCAGGUCUUGAGGAGCAUGGCCUCCAACCACGAAACAGCCAACAGUGUCAUCUGUAAGACUUCAGAUAUAGAUGAACACGCUGGGAGGCCAUUCCUCAAUGCUGCCGAUGCAGACCUCUGCAACCUUCCUAAAAAGACUACUGAUUAUGCCAUGCUAGUCACCAUGUUUGGCUGGUUCACCAUGGUGAUAUCCUACGUUGUUUACUAUGUGCGGCAAAAUCAAGAGGAUGCACGCAGGCACCUUGAGUACUUGAAAUCCCUGCCAAGCAGGCAAAAGAAGCCAGAGGAAGCAGAUGACAUUAGCACUGUCGUAUAGUGCCCUGGAUAUAGUGAUUGGCUUUGAGAUGGAAAUUAGAUGUGGAUAGCACGGAUGCCAGAUGUUUACUUCUAACAUUCGUUGUAAACCUGUAAGACUUUUUUUCCAAGUAAACUGAAUUUUACCACUGUCAAAACUUUCUAACAAAAGAUUUCUGUUUGGAGUGACACAGUACACCUUUAUUGUUUAUCUGGUGGCAUUCUAAACCAAGUAAAACUAAUAUGUAAACAUUAGUUUAGACCCAUUCCACUCUUUAAUAAUGAAAUUUAUUUUUUUAAUUUAAAACCAAAUAAAAGCUGAACUUUGAACCAUGUAAAUAGAGACUAAUUUAUUGAACCAAAGUCUGCCUGAUGAGCUUGCACUCUUUGACUCUGUCUGUGUUCGUGCGUGCGUACUAAUAUGAGAGAGAGGAAGGGGGAGAGAAGUUUAGUCGAGAUCUUGAAUG